AUGUGUGGCCUUGAUAUUCCACAAGAUGAUGAAGGUGACGGUGCUGAUGUUCCAUCUCCUGUUGGCUCAGAAUGUUGGCGAAAUCCUGUAAGUAAUUUGUUUCCAUCAUCUGUACUCAUUAUUCUUCAAACAACUAAGUUUUGUAACCGAUCAAAUCCUAUUUCAUUUCAGAAUUCAUCAGAUGCGUUAAUGAGGAUGGAGGCAAUGUUCAGUGCGGGUGCUACGCCUGUUGAUGUGAUUAAAGCUCUAUAUCCGAAAAUCAAGGAACCUCCAGAGGGCUGGUCAGAACACUUGAUUAUGUCAAUCCUCGCGGAAAUUUUGGAUCGGCCACCAACUAGGAGUAAACUACCACAAUAUAACACAUUCGAGGAUGCUGUAGAGCUUUUUAGAACUCGUAAGCGAAUCCUUGUUUUGACUGGCGCAGGAGUUUCUGUUUCCUGUGGGAUCCCUGAUUUUCGCAGCAAAGAUGGUAUUUAUGCUCGUUUACAUGUCGACUUUCCUGAUCUUCCUGACCCUACAGCGAUGUUCGACAUCCGUUAUUUCAUACACAAUCCGGCUCCAUUCUAUGAUUUUGCGUCGGAAAUCUUUCCCGGCCAGUUUGAACCAUCCAUAUCCCAUAAAUUCAUUCGCCAACUUGAGGUGAACAACCAACUUUUAAGAAACUACACUCAAAAUAUUGAUACACUCGAGAAGCAGGCGAAGAUUGAAAAAGUUGUCGAGUGCCAUGGGUCGUUUUCUAAAGCAACGUGCUUGAAGUGCUUGAGUAAGUUCGACGGUGAUGUAAUCAAGGACGACGUCAUGGCAAAACGAGUGGCCCGAUGUCCAAAGUGCUUGGAUGGAAUCAUCAAGCCAGACAUAGUAUUUUUCGGCGAGGAACUCGGAAAAACUUUCCACACUCAGAUGGCAGCUGACAAAGAUGAGCUCGAUCUACUAGUGGUUAUUGGUUCUUCACUGAAAGUGCGACCUGUAUCGCUAAUUCCCUUUAGCGUCGAUCAGAAUAUUCCCCAGAUCCUUAUUAAUCGGGAACCAUUAUCGGGAUAUCAGGCGGAUAUAGAACUCCUUGGAAAUUGUGAUGAAAUCAUUGAGGACAUUUGUAUAGCUCUUGGCGGUCCCUUUGUAAACAUGCUGGAAGCCCAUCGUCGGUUUUCUUUUCCUGUACAGAAGUUUUCUGAAAGCGUAUUUCAGAUAUCUCCUAACAGAGCUGUAUUCCCUGGCGCCGAGCUCUACUACGAUCUCGAGACAGGUGUCGUGUGCCAGCCAACGAGUUUUGAGCUUCCAAGUGAUAUUUGUUACGUUUUUUAA